UGAAAAUUCUGAGAUCCUGGUACGGCUGGCUGGGCCACUGACGCCAAUGUGGCUUUCCCUCAAACUUACGUGUCCAUUACCGACACGUGGAGACUGAAUUAAUAACCGUGGCCACUGCGGCUUUUCUGAGUCUGCAAAAGCGAACAAACUUUUCGCGGUGUGGACACUAACGACUCGACAUUCCUAGCCAAUACACCGUUGAAGGAUGCCAGGAAGUGUUGGAAAAUAUAAGAGAGAAAAGCACGCGAGCGCCAUGAUCUGUUCCCUCGUUCACUAUCUUUUGGUUCUCCUGGGCCUAGUCGCAGAGUCGAGACCUUCAAAAGAUCAUGAUUCAGUUCUUGACGAUGGUCCGGUUUUGAUGAAUAAGAAAACCCCGGUAUACAUAUGUUGCCACGUCGCGACGACAACAAAGCAAACCAAGAAUUUUCUGACACUUUUUGCUGUGCCUGGCGAUCAAUUGCCCCGAGUCUGCCACGCUCUUGGCCCUGUUUAUGUACAGUAACCCAUAGACCGAUAUACUCCGUAACAUCCAUCUCAAUGGGGAUCAGGCCUGCAUCCUUGCCAUUUGCGAUUCAGGUACGGAGUACUGGGAAAACGAUUCGUCACAUUCCUCGAAGGAUACCGCUGGAACAAUGGGGUACUUCGUCGGCACGAGAUGGCAAGGUGGGAGUCGACCCGAUGAUAGUUGGCGUCCCAAUGCCCUAAUGCUUGCUGGAGCCUGAGUAUUCGCGAGGAUGAUUUGUUGAUAGCUGCGCCAUGAUGCUAGGUUGCGUUGGCCGAGGAGACGAGCAAAAUAGGAUUAUGGGUCAGGGUUGUGCCUGAGGCCCCUACACUAGACAAGCAUGGAACUUGAACGGAUUUUUAUGAACGGAGUGGAAACAAAAGAAAAAAUCGCUUUCUUGGUGCUUUC